AUGACGGCACGUAAGUUAGAGGGGGGUGCGUGUGAUAGUCUGCGGCUCUCCUCGGUCAGGGAUGAUGGUCUGAAGAAGAAGAAGCACCUUCAUCCAUGUGGAGGAUCUACAGAUGACAGUGAGGUGAUGGGUGCUAUCACAGAUGGAGUGGACGACUUAUCAACCCUCGAUGAACUCAACAUUGAGUCCAUCAUGCACAACCUGUACCUGCGUUACCAUAACGACCGCAUCUAUACCAAUAUUGGUUCCAUCCUGGCGGCGGUGAACCCGUAUAAACAGAUCGGCGGUCUGUAUGAUGGUGAAGCGGUUCAGCUGUACAGUAAACACCAGCUGGGUGAGCUGCCCCCUCACAUCUACGCCCUCGCCAACGAGUCCUACCGCUGCCUGUGGAAGAGAGCCGACAGCCAGUGUGUACUCAUCAGUGGAGAAAGUGGUGCAGGUAAAACUGAAAGUACGAAGCUGUUGUUGAAGUUCCUCUCAGCGAUGAGUCAGAAUUCUUUAGGAACUGCCGUGUCUGAGAGAACCAACCGAGUGGAACGUGCUGUAAUACAGAGCAGUCCGAUCAUGGAGGCGUUUGGAAACGCUAAAACUGUUUAUAACAACAACUCCAGUCGAUUUGGAAAAUUCAUCCAACUGCACUUUGCUCAGAGUGGAAACAUCCAGGGAGGCUGCAUCGUCCACUACCUCCUGGAGAAGAACCGGGUGGUUCGUCAGAAUCCAGGAGAGAGGAACUAUCACAUCUUCUACUCCCUGCUAACAGGAGCAGAUCAACAGCAAAGAGAUGAGUACAUGCUGUUGGAUUCGGCGGAGGAGUAUCACUAUCUGAAACAGUCUGGAUGUGUGAAAGAUGAAAGUCUGGAUGAUAAGAAGCUCUUCUGCAGUGUGAUGGAUGCUCUGAAGGUGAUGGAGUUUACAGAAGAAGAAAUGCAUGAUGUGUUUAAACUGCUUUCUGCUGUUCUACAUAUCGGCAACAUUGAAUUCAUGACAGCAGGGGGCGCUCAGAUCACCACCAAAGGAGUUAUCAGCAGUGUGUGUGAGCUGUUGGGAUUAGACACUUUCCAGCUGAAUGAAGCUCUGACCCAACGUUCCAUCUUCCUGAGAGGAGAAGAAAUCUGCUCACCUCUGACUGUAGAACAGGCGAUGGACUCACGGGAUUCGGUUGCCAUGGCGCUUUAUUCUCAGUGUUUUUACUGGAUCAUAACUCAGAUUAAUCAGAAGAUCAAAGGGAAGGAGGACUUUAAAUCCAUCGGUAUCCUGGAUAUCUUUGGCUUUGAGAACUUUGAGGUAAAUCGGUUCGAGCAGUUCAACAUCAACUACGCUAACGAGAAGCUACAGGAGUAUUUUAAUAAACACAUCUUCUCUCUGGAACAGCUCGAGUACAACCGGGAGGGAAUACAGUGGGAAGCUAUCGAUUGGAUGGAUAAUGCUGAAUGUCUGGAUCUAAUUGAAAAGAAACUGGGAUUACUGGCUCUGAUUAAUGAGGAGAGUCGAUUUCCAAAAGGUACCGACUUCACCCUGCUGGAGAAACUACACAGCCGACACGCUACGAAUCCUAACUACAUUAAACCCAGAGUAACAGAUCAUCAGUUCGGAAUCAAGCAUUACGCUGGAGAGGUACUCUACGAUGUACGAGGAGUUCUGGAGAAGAACAGAGACACGUUUAGAGAUGAUCUCCUCAACAUGCUGAAGGACAGCAGGUUGGAUUUUAUUUAUGAUCUGUUCGAGUGUGUGGGCAGCAGAAACGGAGACGAAACUUUAAAGAUGGGAACAAACCGACGUAAACCCACCGUCAGCUCUCAGUUCAGGGAUUCUCUUCAUGCCCUCAUGGCCACUCUCAGCACCUCCAAUCCUUUCUUCGUGCGCUGCAUCAAACCCAACAUGGAGAAGCAUGCUAAUACAUUUGAAGCGGAGGUGGUUCUGAAUCAGCUGCGUUACUCCGGCAUGUUGGAGACGGUGAAGAUCCGCAGAGCCGGAUUUCCCAUACGCAGAACCUUCAGUGAUUUCCUCCACCGGUACGCUGUACUGCUGAAGAACAAAAAGUUCUUAGAUGAAGAUGUAAGAAGAAAAUGUUCUGAUCUUCUCACACUGGUCGAGCCCUCUAGGAAAGAGUGGCAAGUGGGCAAAACCAAGGUGUUCCUUAAGGAAGUUCUGGAGCAAAAGCUGGAGAGAGAGCUGGACGAGGUGAGGAGAGCGGCAGGAAUGAUCAUCAGAGCCCACAUUCUCAGCUAUGUGGCCAGAAAGAACUACAGGAGGAUCCGUAACAGCACCAUCACCAUCCAGAAGAAUUACCGCGCCCACUUCUGGAGAAAAGUUUUCAUCCGAAUGCGUUUAGCCUCCAUCGUCCUCCAGAAACACCACCGAGGUCUACUGGCACGAAGACUCUACCAUCAGCUCCAGGAGGAGAAGAGAAUGAAGGAGGAAGAGGAGAAGAGAAAACGGGAGGAGGAGGAACGAAUGAAGCGAGAGGAAGAGGAAAAAAGAAAAAAAGAGGAGGAGGAGCUGAGACGUCUGGAGGAACAGAGGAGAAGAGAAGAAGAAGAGAGGCAGAAGAAACUGGAACAAGAAAUAUUACGGAAAAAGCAAGAGGAGGAGGAGGAGAACCUCAGGAGAAAGAAGCAGGAGGAACAGGAAGCCCUACGAAAACUUCAGGAAGAGGAGGAGCUCCGACAAAGGCAGGACAGUGAGGAGACACCAGGUUACAGCAGGGAUCCAGAGGAAAUAAAUGAUCAUCAUGAUCAUGUGAAGUUCUCAUCAGAAGAAGAAACUCGUCAGAUGGAGGAGAUUUUGCGUCUGGAGCGAGAGAUCGAGCGUCUCCAGCGCCAGCGAGAUGAAGGAGUGGCGCUAAUGAACGACAACUCAAAGGAGGAGCUUCACCAGCGCAGAGAUGCAGAAAUUUACCGUCUGGAGAAGGAAGCAUCACGGGUGGCUACAGAGUUCCUGGAGAUGCUGGACUUUGGUGGUCUGGAACCUUCUCUGUCCAGUGAAGAGAACCUGAAUGAAAGUUCAGCACCAGUGGCUGAGGUUGAGGAGGAUGAGGGGUUUCAGGCUGAGGAUGAGGAAGAGUGUAUUCCACUGCCAGAUCCACCAUCUCCUACUGCUUCUGACUCACUGGACUUCCUCAAAGUUCUUCCUCCUCCUGCGGCUGCAUUUGCUCAGGGAUUGUUGGACACCAUGUCCUCCAAGAGAAACAGUAAAGUUUUAGGGACUGUAGAAGUACCAGCUGCACUUCCUCCACCACCACCAACCUCACCACCUCCGCCAACUCCACCACCAGCACCACCACUACCAGCUUCACUUAUUCAAGAGUCAAUCUCUCAGGUCUUACCCAGCUCAAAAUCCAGCCUAAAGUCAGAGACACUAGAGACAGAGACAAUGUCUACUUCACCUCCUCCUCCACCUCCACCACCACCUCCACCUCCUCUUCCUCCUCCAGCUUUAUUCACUCAGAGAUCUCAGGAAGUGCCCAGCCUUAAAUCUGUUCAGGGGUCCAUUCCAAAAUCCACGUCUUCCAUCAGGCACAGUCAGAUGUUAGAAACUCCUGCUUUAGUUUCUCCAAACGUUUCUAUUCAGGGAUCCAGGAUUCCAAAUUCUAGCUCGAAAUCCAUGUCUUCUCUCAGGAACGGUACACUUCUAGAAGACCUGGAUGCUUCCUCUCCAGUUCCGCGACCUUGUGAUGAGUACAGUGAGGUGCAGAAGAGCUUGAGAGGUUCAGAUGUAGAGUCGAGGUUCAGCGUUCUGCCUGAAACGGAUUCUGAUUAUGACCAGGAGGAGUUCGAGCUGGAGGAGGCACUUGAGGGCAUUACUGAUGGCACUGUGACUGAUGAGGAGGUUCUGAGAAGAUCUUCCUGCACCUACAACAGUAUGGAUUCUUUCAGAGGAAGCACCGGCUCGAUGAUGGAGAGUGAUGAGGAGAACGAUGAUUAUGCAGAUACAGAUGAAGAAGUUUCUAAUGGAAGGAUCAGUCUGCUGAAUGGUUCUAAUCCUCCGUACUUUCACAGCUACCUGUAUAUGAAGAGUGGCUUGAUGAUCCCGUGGAGGAGACGCUGGUGUGUGCUGAAGGAUGAAACCUUCAUGUGGUUCAGGACAAAGCAGGACUCGGUGAAGAGCGGCUGGCUCUAUAAGAAGGGUGGAGGAUCCAGUACGCUCUCACGCAGGAACUGGAAGAUGCGCUGGUUUGUUCUGAGGGAAAAUAAACUCUUGUACUUUGAGAAUGACAGUGAGGAGAAACUGAGAGGAACCAUCGACAUUCGCACCGCCAGAAAGAUCAUCGAUAAUCAUGAGAAGGAAAACGCUCUUAACAUCAUUACUGAGGAGAGAACCUACCAAAUAUACGCUGAAACACCUGAAGAGGCCAGUGGUUGGUUCAAUUUACUAAAUCGUGUACACAGCGCCUCCCCUCUACAGCUGAUGGAAAUGCAGAAUGAAGAGGCCAAUCCCAAAAAUGCAGUGGGAACUCUGGAUGUCGGACUUAUUGACUCAGUUUGUGCCUCAGACAAUCCUGACAGGCCGAACUCGUUUGUGAUCAUCACGGCGAAUCGAGUGAUCCACUGUAAUGCAGAUCUACCAGAGGAGAUGCACCACUGGAUCGGGCUGCUCCAUAAACCCAGAGGAGAGUCUCGCUCCGACACUCACGACUUCAUCGUUAGAGGCUGGCUACAUAAGGAGAUUAAGUCGAACAUUAAAAGUUCCUCUCUGAAGCUGAAGAAGCGAUGGUUCAUUCUGAACUCAAACUCUCUGGAUUAUUAUAAAUCCUCUGAGCGAAACUCCUCCAGACUGGGAACACUGGUCCUCAACAGCCUGUGUUCAGUGGUGCAGCCUGACGAGCGGGUCUUCAAAGAGACGGGUUACUGGAACGUUGUGGUUCAUGGGAGAAAACACUCGUACCAUCUCUACACUAAACUCCUAAACGAGGCCAUGAGAUGGGCGUCGGCUAUUCAGGGUGUCAUCGACAACAAAGCACCCAUCGAAACCCCCACCCAGCAACUCAUCCGCGAAAUCAAGGAGAACAGUAUGAAUGUGGAAGCAGUGGAGCAGAUGUACUGGAGGAACCCGAUACUCAGAUAUACUCAGCACCCCUUACACUCCCCAUUACUGCCCCUACCUUACGGAGACAGUCUCCAUAAGGAGAAGGGUUACUCCAGUCUCCAGGAUGAAGCCCUCAAGAUCUUUAACUCUCUGCAGGAGAUGGAGACCAUGUCCGACACGGUCCCCAUCAUCCAGGGAAUCCUGCAGACCUGCCACGACCUCCGGCCAAUCAGAGAUGAAGUCUACUGCCAGCUUAUCAAACAGACCAAUCACGUGCCUUCUCCCCACAACUCUGCAAGCCACGCCCACUGGCAUCUGCUCACCUGCAUGAGCUGCACGUUCCUGCCGAGUCGAGGAAUCCUGAGAUACCUGAAGUUCCACCUGAAAAGAAUCAAAGACAGUUAUCCUGGCACAGAGGUCGACCGCUACACUACGUUUAUUACCGAAUCACUGAAGAAGACCAAGACACGUGAGAGCGUUCCGUCACAGGAGGAAAUCGUAGCUCUGAGGAACCGACAGGAUAUGACAUCAACUGUUUACUGUCAUGGAGGUGGAGCCUGUAAGAUCUCUAUUAACUCCCACACCACAGCUGGAGAGGUGGUGGAGAAGCUGAUCCGAGGCUUGGCGAUGGAGGACAGUAGGAACAUGUUUGCUCUGUUCGAGUACAGUGGAAGUGUGUAUCGUGCUGUUGAGAGUCGAGUUAUUGUCGCUGAUGUGCUGGCAAAGUUUGAGAGGUUGACAGUAUCAGAUCCUGAAGCUCAGUGGAAGUUGUACUUUAAGCUCUACUGUUUCCUGGAUGUGGACAGCAUGCCUAAAGAGGGCGUCGAGUUCGUCUUCAUGUUCGAGCAGGCUCAUGAAUCUUUAAUCAGCGGCCAUUUCCCGGCUCAUGAGGACACCUUAAAGCACCUAGCGUCCCUCCGUCUGCAGUACCUGUACGGAGACGCGUCACGCUCGAGCUGGAACCUGGAGAGCGUUUAUCCACUCAGCCGAAUCCACAGGCGUGUUCUGAACUAUACACGGGGAAGAGGAGGGUCAGGAGGAACUUUAGAGAAAAGGCGCAGCAGCUUUCUAGAGGGGCUGAAGGGAAGCGGAGUUCUGAGGAAGCAGCGCAGUGUUCAGGAUGAGCACACCAUGAUGGAGAUGUGGGUGAAGGAGGAGACGGAGGGCACCAGAGCCAACAUCCUGGAGAAAUGGGGUCGACUGAAGGGACUGGAUCAGCACCAGGCCAUGUUCAAGUACAUGGACAUCGUUACUCGGUGGAGCGGCUACGGAUCAACACUCUUCGAUGUGGAGUCGAAAUGCGGCGGCUUCCCGUGUGAUCUGUGGUUGGGGGUGAGUGCUGAGAAUGUUUCUGUGUAUAAACGAGGAGAAGUGAAGCCGCUGGAAACGUUUCCGUACGAGCACAUCGUGUUUUUUGGAGCUCCACUACCGAGCACCUACAAAAUCAGCGUGGACGGACGAGACAUGCUGUUCCACACCCCACAGGUUGGAGAGAUCACGAAGAUCAUGAAGGCCUACAUCAACAUGAUCGUGAAAAAGCGCUGCAGUGUUCGCUCGGCCUCCAGUUAUGGGCGGGGCGGGGUCCGGUGAUAUCCACCAGACCCAAACAGGAAGUCACAGUGAGGAGAAGCAGAUGAACGACUGUUAAUGAACCGUUUAGCUUAAAUAAUAUAGUGCUAGAAGAUACAGAUUAUCUUACUUGCUAGUAUGGUAAGCAGCAGGCCUUCUAACUACUUAGCUUGCUGUUAGCUUGCUAGUGUGUUAAUUACUUGCACUUGUUCCUGUUGUUCCUGUGCUGAUCUGAGCACAUUAAGCUCUUCUACAGUAUUUAAUAAUGGGCUAACUAGCUAGCCUGUCACUGUUCUGUAUUUUUAGGGGUUUUGGGUAUUAAUUAGCUCCAUCAAGCAGACUUGGCAUUUGAUUCAAGUUUAGUUUGCUGAUUAGCUGUUCCUAAUUAGCUGGUUUGUUAUGCUAGCUAGCUGAUUUGUUUAUCUUACAUAAAGUUUGGUCUUCCAGUUUUACCAGCACCAAAACCUCUCCAAACCAUUAAAGACCAGCAGUUCAGUCAGCUGCUAGUGGGGUUAUUAGCUGGGUUAGUAAAUAUCUGACCUGCCUUGUUGCUACUGUGCAAACUAUCUUGUUUGGUAACUUUUAUAAACUAUAAGCUAGUUUGCUAUAUUACUUUUAUAAUUAGUAACUAGUUUAUAAUUUACAGUAAGGCAUUUAUGACUUACUUUAUGACAUUUAUGACUUUACACUGUGUUUUAUCUGUUGUUUGGCCUGUUGAUUACCACACUUGCUUUCUUGCUAGCAUGCUAACUAGCUAGAGUGUAGAUUUAAACUGGUAGAGUAAUGGAACAGCAGUAAAGGUGGUGGUUAACUGACAGGAAGUGGACGAGAGUUUAUUCAGGUUAUUACGCUGAUUGUUGUGUUAAUUACACUGAUGCCUUGUUACUGAACAUUAAUAACAUUUCAUCUAAUAAUCACAGUAAUUUAUUUAUACUCAGUUAUCAGACGAGAUCAGAUUCCUUCAUUCCAGCACCCAGUCGUCAGUUCACUGAUUUUAACAGCAUUUUAUAGUGGAAUGUUUUUGUUUUUAUUGAGCAUUUAUUACUGGAGUGAUUGUGUGUAUUAGUUGGUAGUUUGAGUGAGUGUGUGUGUGUGUGGGGGGGGGGGGGGUAUUUAUUACCAUUAUCAUUAUUAUUAUUAUUAUUA